GUGAUGCAAAAACUUUCUGGAUGGAGCUGGAAGAUCAUGGAAAAGUAGACUUUAUUUUUGAACAAGUGCAGAAUGUGCUGCAGUCACUGAAACAGAAGAUCAAAGAUGGCUCUGCCACAAAUAAAGGGGCCGGCGCUGUGGCUCAUUUGGUUAAUCCUCCGCCUGCGGUGGGACGCCGGGUUCUAGUCCCAGUUGCUCCUCUUCCAGUCCAGCUUUCUGCUGUGGCCCUGGAGGGCAGUGGAGGAUGGCCCAAGUGCUUGGGCCCCUGCAUCCGCAUGAAAGACCGGGAGGAAGCACCUGGCUCCUGGCUUCAGAUCGGCGCAGCACCGGCUGUGGCGGCCAUUUGGGGAGUGAACCAACGGAAGGAAGACCUUUCUGUGUCUCUCUCUCACUGUCUAUAAUUCUACCUGUCAAAUUUUUUUUUAAAAUGUUUAAAAAAAAAAAUCCUUGGCCGGCGCCGUGGCUCACUAGGCUAAUCCUCCGCCUGUGGCACCGGUAUCCCAUAUGGGCCCGGAGUUCUAGUCCCGGUUGCUCCUCUUCCAAUCCAGCUCUCUGCUGUGGCCCAGGAGGGCAGUGGAGGAUGGCCCAAGUGCUUGGACCCUACACCCGCAUGGGAGACCAGGAGGAAGCACCUGGCUCCUGGCUUCGGAUCAGCGUAGUUCUGGCCAUAGCGGCCAUUUGGGGGGUGAACCAAUGGAAGGAAGACCUUUCUCUCUGUCUCUCUCUCUUUCUCUCACUGUCUAUAACUCUACCUGUCAAAUUAAAAAAAAAAUUAAAAAAAAAUAAAAAAUCCUUUAAUUCUGUCUUCCAAAACUUUGAAGCACCCACAUAAAACAGUACAUAAACCUUUUUUUUCUUUAAUUUAUUUGACAGAUAGCGUGAGUUAACUGUCUAACUCUAAUUGAUCAUAAAAACUUAAGACAAAUGUGGAAACCUCCCUCCUUUAGUCCAUUAGGACAUAUAUUUUAAUAUUUUAAAAUUCACUUGCAUUUAAAGUUUGUUUUCAUUUUAUUUGAAAGGCAGAGAGAUAGAAACAGAUCUUCCAUCCACUGGUUUAUUCCCCAAAUGCCUGGCAAGCAGAAAUUGAGAGUGAGGAACUCCAUAUGGGCUUCCAUGUUGGGAACAGGGACUCAAGUUAGCACUGGUGAUUAACUGGAACCAUCAGCUGCCUCCAAGGGUGUACAUUAGCAGCAAGCUGGAUUGGAAGCAAAGUAGCUGAGGUUCAAACCAGGCACUCUGGUAUGGGAUGCAGCCAUCCCAAGUAGCAACUUAACCACUGUGCCAAACAGCUGCCCCAGGACAUAUGGUUUUAAAAUAAAGUUUUCCCCAGACUCUUCUUAUACUUACUAGGUAUUUUUAUGACAUUAAUCUAUUAGAUAUUUCUGCAAAAGAUUUAAUAUUUCUUUUCAAUCCUCCAUGAGUCAAAUAUAUCUAGAUUUGAAUCUACCCCUGCCACUUUUAGCUGCAUGACCUGCAAUAAAUAGCUUAGUCUCUGACCCUCUCAAGGGAAUUGUGAAAAUUAAAUGAGAGAAAAUAUGUAAAUUGUUUGACAUGAUGGUCAUGUUGAUUGCUUUUAUUCUGUUUUUUCUUUCCUUAACAGAAUAUAUCCAAGCAAUGAUCCUAGUGAAUGAAGCAACUCUAAAUAACAAUUUUUCAUUGGUAAAGGGUCAUAUACCUGUGACUGAGAAUGAAAAGGGAAACAAAUCACAAUCAUUUCCCUCUACAUCCUGUGAAAACUUGUUUCCUGAAGACAGUACAUUUCCAUCUACAGGAAACAAAGAGAUUCUUCCUCUGGAAAAUAAAGUUGUAGGCUUGAGAGCAAGAAAAUCAUCUUUGCAUUUAUCUUACCAAAGUCAUGAUUGCUCUCGUGCCUGUCUGGUGAAAAUGCCAAGCUUCAAAGGAGAAAACCCUCUACAGCUUCCAAUCAAGUGUCACUUCCAAAGGCGACACGCGAAGACAAACUCUCAUUCGUCAGCACUCCAUGUGAGUUAUAAAACUCCUUGUGGAAGGAGUCUACGAAACGUGGAGGAAGUUUUUCGUUACCUGCUUGAGACAGAGUGUAACUUUUUAUUUACAGAUAACUUUUCUUUCAAUACCUAUGUUCAGUUGACUCGGAAUUACCCAAAGCAAGAAGAAAUUGUUUCUGAUGUGGAUAUUAGCAAUGGAGUGGAGUCAGUGCCCAUUUCUUUCUGUAACGAAAUUGACAGUAGAAAGCUUCCACAGUUUAAGUACAGAAAGACUAUGUGGCCACGAACUUAUUAUCUAAACAGCUUUUCCAACAUGUUUACUGAUGCAUGUGACUGUUCUGAGGGCUGCAUAGACAUAACAAAAUGUGCAUGUCUUCAACUGACAGCAAGAAAUGCCGCAGUUUGUCCUUUGUCAAGUAAUAAAAUAAUGACUGGAUAUAAAUAUAAAAGACUACAGAGACAAAUACCUACUGGUAUUUAUGAAUGCAGCCUGUUGUGCAAGUGUAAUCGACAAAUGUGUCAAAAUCGAGUUGUCCAACAUGGUCCUCAAGUGAGACUACAGGUUUUCAAAACUGAGAAGAAAGGCUGGGGGGUACGCUGCCUAGAUGACAUUGACAGAGGGACAUUUGUUUGCACUUACUCAGGUAGAUUACUAAGCAGAGCUAACUUUGAGAAACCUGGUAAUGAAAAUGAAAAAGAAGAGAAUAUUGUGAAAAGUAUAUUUUCAAAAAAGAGGAAAAUAGAAGUUGCCUGUUCAGAGUGUGAGGUUGAAGUUAUUCCAUUAGAAUUGGAAACACAUCCUAGAAGUGCUGAAAGUGAGGACUGUUCACCUAAAUUCAGUAAUAAUUCCAAAGAGUCUAUUAUGGAAACAAAGUGCAACAACAUCUCAGGAACUCCGUAUCAUUCAGUUACUAAAAGUCCUAAAUCCAAGACAGCUGUUUUUCAACACAAUGAGAAAAAGAUGGGAUUUGUUUCCUCGGAAUCUGUCUCCUUGGAGGGUAGUGAUGGAUUUAAACCAAACCAAGAAUAUCUGAACUCCAGAGUCGGCAGAGUGCAAAAAGAGUCAAGUUCAAAACAAGUUGAAGAUUCUGAAGAGAAUCCUCUGAUUGAAUCAGAUGUGAUAGAUAUAACUAAAUGUUCAGAAGAGACUCCACCAAGGGACGGAUGUAACCAAACAACUACAUUGAUUAAUCAAAAUACUAAAAAUGAGGUUCAAAUACAGAAGCCCCAAAUGAAAAAAUCUACAACAUAUCAAAAUCAGCAGCUCUUUUGUGUUGAUGAGUUGCCAAGUGAAACCAAGAGCACUUCAUCUGAUUCUCCAACAAAGUUCAGUAAAGAGAAUAUGUUUUUAUUGGAUGCCACAAAAGAAGGAAAUGUGGGCCGCUUCCUUAACCAUAGUUGUUGCCCAAAUCUCUUGGUACAGAAUGUUUUUGUAGAAACACACGACAGGAAUUUUCCAUUGGUGGCAUUCUUCACCAACAGGUAUGUGAAAGCAAGAACAGAACUAACCUGGGAUUAUGGUUAUGAAGCUGGAACUGUACCUGAGAAGGAAAUCAUCUGCCAUUGUGGGGUUAACAAGUGUAGAAAAAAAAUACUAUGAAUAUGUUGCUAAUACCUAUUCAUUAAAUUACCUGUCAGGCUAAUUGGGGGCAGACAAAAGAACCUUUAGCCACCAAUGGAAUUAAUUUAGGGUAAAGUCUACCUAAGUAUUUCUUCUCUGAAACCCCUAUUCAAAGGGUUCAUGUUUAUUUCUAAUUUUAUUUGUAUGACUUAGAAUUGCCAGGAACAAAAAGGACAUUUUCAUAUGCAUAGGGUAUUUCUUGUUUUUACUGUUGUUAAAAUUUACAUGAGUAAAAUGGAUGUGUAUAUUUUAUAUGAAAUACUACUGUACAACUUUUAAUUUAUUUAUAAAUUAUAUAUUAAGAAACAAAAGGCACAAUAGAAUGCAGGUGUUUCUAAUUGUUUUUGUGAUUCUUAUCUUUUAGUUCUUGCCCCAAAGGGUCAAAUUUACUUCUUUACUUACAAAGGUGAUGUUUAAUUUUUGGCAAACCAUUUAUCAUUAUGAGUUGCAAGGUGGACAACAGAGCCUGAGCAAUAUGUAAGAACUAAUCUUAUGCAUAUACUCCCAAGUAGUUUAAUAUUUUUUGGAGAAGCCACUGCUGGCUCCAUAAAACACUUCGCCAUCAACUAUUGGAAAGUAAGGUUCCAGCAGAAUCUUUGAGCUGUGCAUCUGCUUUUCCAUAAUAUCUAGUCUCUUCACUCCAGACAGACAGCAGAAGUGGGAAUAGCUACUUAGAGGACUAGAAUAUUUUGUUCUAGGUAGAAUGAAGCUGUAAUAAAAGGAAACCCAGAAACCAGUCAAACUUAGCUUCUUUAUGUCAGAAGGAAUCAUGCUGGGCAAGAAUUUUACUUCAUGACCAGAAGGAAACACAACACAUCUGGGCUUCAGCAUCUGAAGCAGACUCUUGGUAUCUCUUGGGUAUAAUUUGCAGAUAGUUUUUCUAGAGAAAGCGGGAGUCAGCACUUUGCUAGGGGUUACCUCGCCUUGAUCAUCCAAUGGAAAAGGGGAUUAGGCAGCUCCAAAAGUCAAAAUGAAUUCUGUCCUUACGAAAACUGUACAUUUGGCUGCAACGAACUUCCCCCUCAGAACCAGAAAGGGAAUAAUAGUUUGAGAUGUAGUUAUCAAAAAUAAUUCUGAUUGCUGAGCAUUCGUAUGUUUUUGUUUUUGGACUUGACUCUGGGUUUAGUUACCUUUAAUUUGGACCUAAAUUAAUUUCUUAAAAAUAGUGGACUAGAUGAAAAAUUACCUAAAAUUGUUUGAGAGAAUGGGAAUCCAAAGUUCUAAGAAAAGCACCAAAAUAAACUGUAACCCUAGAAACGGCCUGCAGACAGAUGUGGAUGGUUGAAAGUCUGUCUAUUCACAGUAAAGAUGAAAUUAAGCAGUGUACUACAAUAAAGUGAAAAAACUUCAUCUAUAUGGGAAAUAUUUUUGUGCAGAGGGCUGCUCUUGUAACAGCCAGCAUUUCCUUGAGAUCUGCCUUCAGUCAUUUGAUAUUCAGAAACAAGGUAUUCUGUCAAUUUCAUCCUCUUAGAGACAUUUCUGCUGAAUUGUUCUGCUUCAGUCCGGACUGGUUCACAGCCAUCGUCUUCUACUAGAUAAGAUUCCCUUUGUCUCAUUCCAGAGCUAUUACCAGUUAAAUCCAAUUUUUUUCCUUUACUCUCAUGAAUUGGUGAAGUAUAUCCUCCAGUAGCUUUUGAAAAGGAAAAUGUGAAGUAAAUGUUUUUAGGAUUCUAAAUAUUUUCAAAUGCCUUUACCCUCAUAACUUGAUUGCUAUUUCAGCAGAGUAUAGAAUUCUUACAUCUUUUGAAGCUUAUAGGCUUAUCCUUGUCCUAACCUCCUGAAGCUGGGAAUUGUCCAUUUUUAUCUUGGUGAAGUCUUUGAAUCUGAAAGUUUUUUUCCUCCAAGGAAAUUUUCUUGAUCUAUUUUUCAAUGAUUUCUUAACUCUCUGGAAUUCCUGUUUCCAGAUGUGAGACCUGGAGGACUGCUUAUCUUUCUCUCAAUUUCCAGUUUGUCUUCCUGCUCCACUCUGGGAGACCCUUUCUCAGCUACAUCUUCAAAGUACCUGUUGUAGUUGAUUCUGGCCUCACUUAUAAUUCCUAAGAGCCUUUUUUUUUUUUUUUUACUAGCACCCCAUCUUGGGUCCAUGGUUGCAGUAUUUUCUCUUCAUUAUGUGUGUGUGUGUGUGUUUGUGCAUGUUUUGUUUUUGCUACAUCUUCUGUGUCCUGUCAGUUUCCUUUCUUUGUGGGGGUUCCAUGUGUUGUUUGGUCUUUAUCAUUCAUGUUACAGGCUUUCCUCAGAGUUCGUGAUCUUAGUCCACCGGCAUUUAAUUGUGGGAAAAAGCUCUUUGACUGCUUUGCCAUGAACUGUUUAGUUGUUUUGCUGGGGAAUCUGCUAAGGCCAGUGUCCUCAGGGCCUGGCAAGGAGUACUCUUCAUUUCCCUGCCUGAAGGACAGAAGCUUGGGCUUCCGGGUCUGCUCAUUACCCCUAUUGCAGCCACCACUCUCUUGAUUCCGUCAUCCAUUUCAUAUUUGUCAAGACCAUCUAUGUUGCCCUUUUAAAUAUUAAUUUAACAAUGUCUCUUAGUUCUGCUCUGCACAAUCUUCACUCCCCCCCCCCCUACUUGGAACCUCCUCAAAGUGCAAGACCUCCAAAGAUUUUUAGCAAAUCACCGACGAUUACAUGAACAUGCUGCUUUUUCAGAACAACUUUUAAGUUAUAAUUUCGUUACAUGAACUUUGGGUCUGUAUGUGUAUUUGUUAUAUGCACUGAAAACCUCACCUUGUAUGGUGCUCUGUACCCCAUGGGUGCUAAAUAAAGGCUGGCUACUGGCAACUGGA